UGCCAUUUUUCGACAACAAUGAACGUGGUGGCCGAGAUCCAGCGGCUAAAUGAGCGCGAGCUGGAGCUGAACGUGCCUCUUUCGGGUUCAUGGCACCAGAAGUACAGCGAGUCUGCGUGGGUCUUCGUCGGAGGCCUGCCCUUCGAGCUGUCGGAGGGCGACGUGCUGUGCGUGCUGAGUCAAUUCGGCGAGAUUGAAGACAUUCACUUGGUGCGCGACGGCAAGACAGGCAAGUCCAAAGGUUUCGCCUUCAUUAAGUUUGAGGAUCAACGCAGCACCAUCCUGGCGGUUGACAAUUUAAACGGCUUCAAGUUAUUGGACCGCGUGCUGCGUGUAGACCAUGUGCUGAAGUACAAACUGCCCAAGGAGCUGCAGGAGGACAGUGACUCGGAAGAUGAGGGUGAUAGGAAACAGCGUGGCCUACCUGGCCACGCGUACGAGGGCAAAGAGCUGGCUUCGGACUUCGAUCUCCACAAGGGUGUGGACGUGUUUGCAGCUCCCGAGGAGUCGCAUAAGGAGAAGAAAAAGAGGAAGCGAGAGGAGAAGAAGGCAAAGAAAGCUGCUAAAAAACUGAAGAAGAUCGAGAAAAAGCAGCAGAAAAUAUUUGAACAAGUGCAAAAGAGGAGGCAGGAGCAGAGACUCAAAGAAGAGAGGGAGGCAGCACUAAAGGAGGAGGAAGGUGGAGCCCCACAGCCGAGUACGACGGGUUGGAGAGGCAGACUGGAGCCAUCAGCACCGCAGCCUAGACGCGAUAGGGAACGACAAGGCCUGGAAAGAGAAAAGCGAGAGGAGAAGAGCUUUGGAGGGAUGAGUCGCACACGAUAGAAAUUCUAGCGCCAUAAUAUUAAACGCAGAAAUCGCUAGGCGAGGUAAAAAUUUGUGCGUCUCAACUGAACAAUGUGAGCCGACGAUGAUUUUAUUUAACUUCCCC